UUUCUGGAAUGCAUACAGCUCUUUAAUUACACAAAUAAGUCAUUUCAUCUUUUCUUCAAACCCUAAAUCAAAAGCAGCUAGUUCUUCUUCUUCUUGGAGCUUCAUCAUCAGAUCAGAAAUGGGUUUGCUCAAGCACAUCCAGUUAAAGGGUGUUGGUGGUGUAAAGCUUACUUCGACUCUUGUUGCCAAACACGAGGACACCGUUUUGGACCCGACUGCAGGUGAUGUUAACACGGCCGGUGGAGAGAAGCGGCAGCCGGAGGUGUCGGGCUCGUCUACAAAGAGACGGAAGCUUGUUAAGGAAGAGUCGAAUGUAGUGACCAUUUCUAGUGAAAAGAGUCACGAGUCGAUUGAAAAAGACGAUGCUGAUGUGCAGUCUAGUCGUGAUACCGGCCCUCGCACAGACAAUGUUGUGUUAAAGACGCCUGGUACGGGAUCUGUUAAAAGACGCGGAAAAAAGAUUGUGUUUUCAGAAUCGGGUGAGUCAUCCGACCAGGCGGAUCAUGACACGGGCCCACACCCACCCAUAAGAGGCGGAACAGAGAUUGCGUUUUCAGAAUCGGGUGAGGCAUCCAAUGAGGGUGAUCUCCAUGUCUUGGACCGCGUGAGGUGUCUCUCGCAGCUUGUGGGGUCUGUUCCCGGGCUUGUUACUAGUUGGUAUGAGAGGAAAGUGAAGAUGGAGGCCCGUUUGAGGGACAGGAUUUUGCGGUAUCGCUUGAGAAUGACUGAUCAGGCUGCGAAGAAUGCGAAGCUAGCAAAGAAGGUGAGAAAGCUGAAGAAGUUGAAGAAGACGACGCCUGUUGAGAAAGGAAAAGAGGCGAUACGGAUGCUUGCGAAGAACACUAUUGAGCAUGCGAAAGUGGUGGAGGCGUUAGAAAAGGAAUUGGAGAAUGCUCAGGCUGAGAGUGUUGAGCAUGCAUAUGAGAAACUGAAGCAGGCUAAUGAGGAGCUUGAGAUACAAAGGGAAAUGGUGAAGAAGCUCAAUGGCGAGCUUGAGCUGGAGAAAGACGGCAGGAGGCAAGAGUGUGAGUCUCUAGAGAAGUCACUCGAGCGGGUUUCGUCUGAACGACAGUGGUUGAUCCAGGAAGGCUUCGAGUAUGUGAUAAAUAAACUGCACCGAAGUCAGGAAUAUCUUGGACCGUUGGGGGCUGUGCAAUCAAACUUGUGGGACUCGGGGGCUCACUACGGGCUUGAACAAUGUUAUGAAAGUUGCAAAGAUGGUGUGGCUUUGGAGGAUGCCUCCCUAUAUAACCCGGGGGCCCAUGAGAGGUUUCUUAAGGCCGUGCAUGAGAUGGAACACACACGCUUCCCAUACGUUGUAGCCCUGUCGCAAUGUGCAGACCGUUCGCUCGAUGACUUGAGAGCGCUGGAGCCCACAGGGCUGGAAAAAGAUGGAGAUGAAGUUGCAGUUGAUGGUGGUGGCAGUGUUGGUGAUCAGUAGUAGUUUGCAUAGAGUAUUGUUUAUGGUCCAAGUGACAAAUCAUCAUGGGCCAGCUUUUGUUAUGCUACUUUUGACCUUUCAGGUCAAACAUGAACUGCAAAUAUUAAUAUAAGCAUGAA